AUGACUCUUAGGAAUCCACCAAAGAACUUUUGGAGAGUCAUAGCUAUAAGUAUAUGGAUUCUUGUCUUGGGGGCAGCGGAUGCUACUCCUGGGGCUUUGUUACCACAAAUUGAAGCUUAUUACAGCUUAUCUUACAGUUUGACAUCUUUGAUCUGGAUGGGCAAUGCAGUUGGCUAUGUUUUCGUUGCCUGUAUUGCCUCAAAGCUUGAUACAGUGCUUACACUUCGAAAUUUGUUGACAUUGGGAACUGUUUGUGCAAUGAUGAUGUACUCGCUUGUUCUGAGUGGUACAAAAUUUCCGGUUAUCGUCCUAGGAUUUGUAUGUGGAGGAAUUGGACUGGGAGUUGGAAUCUCUAGGGCUAAUGUGUUUUUAUCAAGUUUUGGAGAAAGACUGUCAAUGUACUUAUCUAUUGGUCAAUCGGCUUACGGAGUGGGUGCAACCAUUUCUCCUCUUAUUGCUACCGGUUUUGUGGGAGCAGAUAUUUCAUGGCAUUUCUUUUAUUUGGUGUUAUUGGGGUGUAUGAUGGUUUCUUCAAUCAUGAUUUUCAUCUCUUUUUCAGGUUCCGAAAUAGAUAUGGCUCCCUGGGAGAAUGAUGGAAGUGAAGAUAUACCCAAUGAUCAUAAAGUGAAGCUUAAAGCUGCCUUGCAAACUAAAGCUACUUGGUUGUUUGCAGUCUUUGUGUUUGUGUAUCAGGGAGCUGAAGUUUCAAUGGGUGGCUGGAUUGUUACAUACUUAUUAGAUUAUAGAAAUGGUGGACAUGUGGUCGGGUACGUUGCAUCAGGUUUCUGGGGUGGAGUUGCCUUGGGAAGGUUUAUUCUUGUUAGACCACUUCAUAAGCAUCUUGGGUCGAGAAGAAGCGUGAUAGUUUGUUCGCUUAUGUCUCUUCUUUUUGUCACUUUAACUUGGGUUAUAUCUAAUGUGGUAGCCGCUGGGGUAUUCGUGUCUCUUGCAGGGUUUUUUGUUGGUCCAAAUUAUCCAAUUAUGGUCACAUUGGCUUCCGAGAUGUUGCCUCGAAAGAUUCAAGUGAUAUCUUUGACAAUAGCUUCUGCCUUUGGCUCUGCUGGGGGUGCUUUUUUCCCAUUUUUAGUAGGGUUACUUUCUCAACAGGUAGGUGCCUUUGUGAUUAUGCCCAUGUUUAUUGUCUUGUAUUGUGUCAUGUUGUUGCUCUGGAUAUGCUUACCUAACAGAGAGAGAAGAUUGAGAACCACUGGUGAGUUGAGUCUUUGGCAAAAGCUUUGGUGA